GUUGGUAACCUUAGCGAUAUCAUCAUAGGGGGCCCUGCCAUUCGAAACGUGUUUAUGCAAAGACAAAGCUUGUGCUUCAACCAGAGAAUUCUCAGUCAGUGCAGUGGAGCCAGAACAGUCAUGGGUGAACGAUAUGCCUUUACUGCAGAAUGGUAUGACAUCAAUGCUUCCAUGAUCAAGAGAUAUCAACUGCUUUUCUAUUCUGCUGACAACACUGUGGAGAUGUUCGAUAUCAAGAACAGAAGGCUCUUCCUAAAACGAUCAAAGUGUGAACGUGUCAAACUUAAUGAUUUGUACAUAGGAGCAAUCGUCAAUAUUCACUCGAGGCAACUUACCAUUGUUGAUUUUGGCGAUGAAUUUACAACCAAGAAGUUGAGUUCUAUCAAAGAGAAAACCUUUGGUCUAAUCAAACCUGAUUGCGUUCCAUCAAAGAUGGGGGAAAUAAUCGAUAGGAUCAUCAGCGAAGGCUUCAUUAUCUGUCAGUUGAAAAUGGUCCAACUAUCAUCAAAAGAAGCAGCCGAGUUCUACCAGGAGCACAGAGGAAAAUCGUUUUACGAGAAACUUGUCGAUUUCAUGGCUAGUGGACCAGUUGUUGUGUUUGAGCUGACUGGAGAUAAUGCUGUUACACGAUGGCGGGAGCUGAUGGGACCUACUGACUCAUCGGUAGCAAGACAAGAAGCACCUCACACCAUCAGAGCUCAGUUUGGCACGGAUGUAACUCGUGAUGCUGUACAUGGGUCAGACUCUCAAGAGGCAGCAAAACGAGAAUAUGACUUCUUCUUUGGCUCUAAAGCAUCUAAUCUCAGAAAGAACACUGACCGCAUUUUUCAAAACUGUACCCUGGGAUUAAUCAAACCUCAUGCUGUACUUGAUGGUCAAGCUGGGAAGAUUAUCACUGCGAUAAGGAAUGCCGGGUUUAACAUAUCGGCGUUACAACUUUACAACAUGGAGAAGGCCAACACUGAGGAGCUGUACGAAGUGUACAAAGGUGUUGUUGCGGAGUACAGUAGUAUGGUAGAGGAGUUGACAUCGGGACCGUGUAUUGCACUGGAAAUAACUGGGGAUGGUGCUCAUAGUUUGUUUCGGGAGUUGGUGGGACCUCAUGACCCGGAGAUAGCGCGACACUUGCGCCCCGACACUCUCCGGGCACAGUUUGGAGUGAACAAGGUAAAGAAUGCUCUGCACUGCUCUGACCUCCUGGAGGAUGGACCAUUGGAGGUGGAAUACUUCUUCAAGAUUAUGGACAGUUAGAGAAACAUUGUAUCAUUGAUUGUAUUUAUACCCAAUCUGUUCAUACUAAAACGUAUCAUUGUACAUAAUUAUAAGUACAUUCAGUACAAAUAAUUAUACCUCAUA